AAGAAUGGCUUUAUCCGUGGGUUUGUGGAUUUUUCUGGUGAUUGAUGCACUCGUGUUGUUGUUUUCAGUGUUCAGUAACGCGCUCGUGAUUUACUGCGUCAUCAAGCACCCAAAAUUACGUUCUGUGACACAUGUCCUAAUAUGUAACCUUGCAUUAAGUGAUAUCUUAUUGGCUGGAUUUGUUAUGCCACAAAAACUGCAUGAUCUCUCACAUGAGGAGGAUUUCUUCGAAGGUGACAUUCUUUGUAAAAUGGUGAACUUCUGUCCCGUGUUAGUGAUAACAAGUUCCAUAUAUACUUUGGUCGCCGUGUCGUUUGAGCGUCGACGUGCGAUUAUUGACAGCAACCGUGCAAAGGUGACUUUUUCAUCACUCUACAAAAUAAUUCCUCUUAUAUGGCUGUUUGGGCUUCUUGUAUCUGUACCAACACUACUCGAAUAUGCUGUAAACACAGUUACCUUGGAAUUGGAGAACAAUGCAACAAAGUCAAUAUUGUCAUGUGGAAGCCAACACAUGACACCACUGUACUCGUUAAUAAACGCCUCGUUUGUAGUACUCAUUUCAUAUGUUGUACCAAUGGCACUUAUGUUCAAGAACUACAUUGAUCUAGCAAUGUACCUCUCAAAGAAGAUCAAACAGAUGGCAAAUUCUCGUCAAAAUACAAGGAAUAGUUCAAUAUAUAUAGAACGUUAUAAGAGUAAGGACAAGGUCGUCAAACUGCUUGUUGUUGUGGCAGUAAUCUUUGCUGUAUCCUGGCUACCAUUCUUCAUCAUGCUCCUGUAUGCGAAAAUAACUCGAAACGAUGCGAGUAGCGAUGCAACAGGCUUUUCAAACCUUUUUAUCAUCGCAUUGGCGUCAUUUAGUACCGCCUACAACGUCAUUUUAUACGUCAUUUAUAAUCCAAGUUUUUCACGCGCAAUCAAAGAUACCAUUGCAUGCAGAACUGUUAGGGUUUCACCUUUGGGACAACCAGAUGACAACAUUGAUAAAACAGAUUAUGGCGGUAAUGUUUCACAGUUUGCAAGAACGAAUAGUACAAAGUUUUAACUUAAAGUGAAUUGAUCCAAAACGGAUUU